AUGGAGAAACCUAUCGAACAACGUUACGCGAUCAAGUUCUGUGCUAAACUGAACAAAAGCCUCGCCGACACCCACCAAAUGAUUCAGGAAGCCUACAGGGACUCUGCUCUCUCCUAUUCUCAAGUCUCCAGGUGGUUGAAGUUGUUUACAAAUGGCCGGGAAGAGGUGAAGGAUGACCCCCGCUCUGGACGGCCGUCAACCAGCAAAAGUGCCAAAAAUGUGUCUCGUGUUCGUGAUCUUUUAAAUACCAAUCGUCGAAUGAGUGUUCCGAUGAUAGCAGAGACUCUCAGUAUUCCGAAAACCACUGUGCACGACAUCGUUAUCGAGCUGGCAGCUGCAGCACGACAACGCUCCCAGCCAAACCGCUCUGCGCGUCCGGGAGUUUCUGGCCAAGCACAGCUUGGAAACGUUGCCCCAGCCUUCCUAGAGUCCUGA